UUCUUGUAUUUGAUACACAUCAAAUCCCUUAUCUUUUAUAGUCCAAUUUUCCUUUAUUUGUCCGCCAAUCACUUCAAAAACCAAAACCUUGUUCUUCUUUGCUUUGUCUUCCGUUUUCACUAGCUUAUUUUAUCUAUUUGUCAAAUAAUACCCUUUUGGCCAGAGAACUAUUAAGGAUUAUUUGUUGCUGUUUGUCACAUGGGCCUGUUCUAAGCAAUUAAUAUAAGUGAAAAGAUCAUAUUAAGAAGAUGAAGAUUCAGUGUGAUGUGUGUGAGAAAGCUCAAGCGACAGUGAUUUGCUGUGCUGAUGAGGCUGCCUUGUGUGCUAAAUGUGACAUUGAAGUGCAUGCUGCAAACAAGCUUGCAAGCAAACACCAAAGGCUGCUUCUUCAAUGCCUCUCCAACAAGCUACCUCCUUGUGACAUAUGCCGAGAAAAGCCGGCUUUCAUUUUCUGUGUUGACGAUAGAGCACUCUUCUGCCAAGACUGUGAUGAGUCUAUCCACUCUGCCAAUCGUCUUGCUGCAAACCACCAGCGAUUUCUUGCCACCGGAAUUCAGGUUGCUUUAAACUCCAAUUGUAACAAGGACGAUUCAAAUCAGAUGGAGCCGAGGCCACCCAAACCAAAUAUGCAACAGAUUACCAUGAAAACAACCGUGCAGCAGCCGUCUAACAUCACCUCGCCAUCCUGGGCUAUCGACGAUUUGCUUCAAUUUUCAGACUCUGAAUCAUCCAAGAAGAAGGAGCAACUUGAACUCGGGGAGCUCGAGUGGUUGACAGACAUGAAUCUAUUUGGAGAACAAGUAGGCCAGGAGGCACUAGCAGCAGCCGAAGUACCUCAACUACCGGUGUCUCAACCAAGUCAUGGUACCUCUUAUAAACAAGCCAAAUUUUACAUGCCUUACAAGAAGCCUAGACUUGAAAUUCCAGAAGACGACGACAAUGAGUUUUUCACCGUGCCUGAUCUUGGUUGAACCAUAAUGUAAUAAACAUUUACGAAGAUACAUAAUAUAUUUUGUGUGCUUGCAUGUAACAGCUGAAUCAAGUAUAAUGCUUUGAGCGGGUUACACAUCUCAUGUUUAUUUUAUCUUUCCUUUUUCAGGUGCAUUAGUCUUUGAUUUUUA